AUGGAUAAAGAAGAGAACAUCUCCUGCUACAGAAGACAUGUUGAAACGUCUGCACAGUAUUUGAAAAAGCUGGUAAAAGAAAACAUGCUACCCAAAGUUGCAGUCCUGGUUAUUGUAGCUCUACAUUGGCUUAUCGCAUAUAAAUAUGGUGCAGGCAGUGGGGCUAUGGUAGAAGCUUCAAUAAUCCCAGUUGGAGAUCCUAACGUAGCAGUGGGAAAACUAUCAUUUCAGUCCAGUACAUUUGAAGAAAAAGGGGAGUCAAGGAAGGCCAUUGAUGGAUCCUUGGCAAAUAUCUACACAAAUGGAGACUGUACUCUGACAAAGAAGGAUUUUGAGCCCUGGUGGAUGGUAGAUUUGAUUUUAUCCUUUCAGGUAUCUGCAGUAGUGAUCACAAACAGAGGAGAUUGUUGUGAGUCACGGAUAAAAGGAGCUGAGAUUCUGAUUGGAGAUUUGCCGCAGAAGGGGGGCGCAAUGAAUCCCAGGUGUGCUACAAUCAACAGCAUGGGACUUGGGGAAACAAUGUCAUUUAACUGUGGAGGCAUGCAAGGACAGUAUGUGACCAUCACAAUCCCCGGGAGAUAUGAAUACCUAACAGUCUGUGAAGUGCAGGUGCUUGCAUAUCCAUGGCUUCGUAUAGUUCAUGGAGGAAGAAGUCCUGUUCUAGACAGUGACACUGACUCAGGUCUACAAGGCAGAGUUUUGAGUUUUCCCAAUGAAUCAAAAGGCAGUUUUGUGAUCAUAUCCCCAAUGCAGCCUUUGAAUUUGAUGGAAUUCACACUCUGUAUGAGGAUUGCAGUAGAGUGUUUAGAUGAACACAAAAUAAUUCUCUUCUCCUAUCAUUCUCAAAGUGAUGAAUUGAGAAUCUUGCGUGAAGCAAUGGGCCACUUUGGUUUACACAUGGGGGGUAGGAGUGUGGGGUUUGCCCUUCCUGAUCUCAGCCCUUUGGGGAGCCACAUCUGUGUCACCUGGGAGUCAGUAUUUGGCCUUACAGCCUUUUGGAUGAAUGGAAAAAGUAGUAUCCGAAAGGUGCAUAAUAUGGGGCACAUUCUGCAAGCAGGUGGCACAGCAAUGCUUGGACAGGAUCAAGGGGCACAAAAUAUGUCUGAUGAGCAAAAGCCAUAUUUUGUGGGAGAAAUAACAGAUCUCUACAUGUGGGAUUAUGUACUAAAAUCACAUGACCUACAGAAAGUUUUCCAGGCCCAUGAAUUUCCCAGAGGGAACAUCUUUGACUGGAAAAUAUUGUCAUAUAAAAUUAGAGGUAAUGUGAUGGUAUUGCCUAAAGGCUAA